AUUGAUACUUUUUUAUAGAUAAAAACAGAUGAUUUUACCAUAAAAGAAGAGGAAAAUGAAGAUAAUCAAAAUAUUAUUGAUAGUAAAUAUUUGAAUUCAGAUGUUCAUAAUUCUCUAAAUAACAUAUCAAGAGAAAAAGACGAGGAUGAUAACAAUAAUGGAAGUUCUCCAAAAGAUAAUAAGGCCACCUUAGAUCCCCUUCAACUUAGAAGAAUCCAGAGUGCAUCAUCACAUGUAAGAUCAUGUGCGAGGUACACCGUAAGCAUUAAAAAGCCUCUAAAAACUGAACAUGGAAAAAUAAUUGCUACAAAACCUGUCAAUAAAUCUAUUCUGUCAAAACAAAGUGAACUUGAAUUACGCCCUCGUUCAUCACGUUUGAGCCCUGGAAUGGCAUCCAGAAGACACGGCGAAACUGCUAGAGAGAGACUUUUUAGGAGUUUAAAAGGAUUAAAAAAGAAUUCCGAACUUCGUCGUAACAGUCUCUUAAGAAUGAAGGCGAGGACUUUGGGAGAUAUUGGAAAUACAAAACAUGAUGAUAAAAAAGAUGUAGCUAAAUGUAUUAAACUAGAUAAAUCAGAAGAUGGGGUACCAAAAAAGAUGAAUACAAAUGAAAACAAUAAUAUAUUAGAUAAUGGAAAAGCUCUUCAAGGAACCUGUGCUCCAGUUGAUAAAGUUUUAAAGGGAGACACAACUGGUCCUGGAGAUAAACCACCUUCGCAACAGAAAUUUACUAUUCCGCUUCGUAAUAAUGCAAAUUUGCGCAAACCAAAAUAUGUUGUACGGCCUGCACCAAUUAUUGAAGAGAGCGCUGAAGAAAAGCAAAAAUUAUCUAGGACAGGUACAAUUAAUUUAGCUUUAGAGAAGGAAGUGAUGUUUCCAGUGUUUUGUUAUUUAACAUCAGCAGAUCUUUAUACAUGUCAGCUUGUAUGUAAAACGUGGAACCGUUGGUCUAUCGAUCCUAGAUUGUGGACUCAUAUGGAUUUAACAAGAAGGAAAAUAACCGCCAAUGUUUUAAUAGGUAUUGUUCGACGUCAACCCAUAUCUUUGAAUCUGAGCUGGACUAAUGUGUCACGUAGACAAAUAGCUUGGCUGAUUGCUCGUCUUCCCCAAAUGAAAGAAUUGAUUCUCAGUGGUUGUUCUUCUGCUGCCGUGUCAGCCUUGUGUACAUGUAAUUGUCCUCUUAUUCGUUGCUUGGAUCUGAGUUGGGUCGAAGGACUGACUGAUUCAGUGAUAAGAGAUCUUCUUUCUCCUCCUCCUGACUCGAGGCCAGGAUUUGUAGAAACAAAAACUCGUUUAAGACAGUUGGUCGAAGUUCGUUUAGCUGGAGCAGAUAUAUCUGAUGUUUCUGUACGUCUUCUUGCACAUCAUUUACCUUCUCUUUCUCGUUUAGAUUUCAGUCAUUGUCACAAAGUGACAGAUAUGGGAAUAGCUGUUCUCGGUGCAGCAAAAUCUUCACGUUUAAUGGUUUUAGAUGUUUCUUCGUGUUCAAAUAUUACAGAUACGAGUCUGGAGGCAUUGAAACGAUGUACUAAUUUGACUUGUUUAGAUAUGCGAGACUGUAUGCAGGUUACUGAGGCAGCCUGUCAGAAAUUUAUUUCUCAAAGUCGUCAGAUGCUUGUAUUCCGAGAAGGAAAAUUAUUACAGAGACAUAACUGAAGUGAUUCCUUGUAAAACAAAAAUGUAGUCCCCUACAAUGGUAUUUUUCUCAAAAAUACAUUUCCAAAAUACUUACAAAGAGACAGUAACAUACUGCCACAUAAAUGAUAUUCUGCUAAAUAAAUUUUAAAAACUUAGAAAUUAUAUGGUAAGGUUUACUACAUUGGAUAAAAUGAGUUCAUUAUCAAUGUGUAAUUUUCAUUUCGUUGGAAGUUGUAUAAUCUCUGAAAUGUCUUCAUGAUUGUUUUUGUAGUCUUUCAUAAACACAAUUGAGACCUUGCUGGUGUUGUACAGUUUAAUCAAACUCACAAUCAGUGAUUAUUGUUUAUUGCCUUGUAUUUAUAAUAAGAAAAAUUCAUGAUAGAAAUGUAUUUAGGUGUACUUAUUUUUCUUAAAAUGUUUAACUUUUAAUAUGUGCAAACUUUUAAGCACUGUUUGUUGCAUUCACAGCAACAAAAUGUAUGUUAUAUAGUAAAACUUGUAUGAAUAAGUCCGGCUUUCAGAUUGCUAUAGUCAUUGUUUAAAGAUUUUUUUACAGUUAUAUCGUUUAUAAAUUAUAUCAAAAUAAUCAUCAUAAUUUUUUUCAAUUGAAUUAUUGUCGUGUACGCUUUAACAAGAAAAAAUUGUGAUGAAGUAAAGAAAACACUUCCAUUGCUUUUUUCUAAAUCAGAUUUUCGGGAAGGAAAGGAGCACAGUAACAAAGUUUUACAUAACAAAAGAAUAUUUUUCGGAUUGGUUUGUUCGUUGGUUUAACAGUUAUUUUCUUAUCUUAGGAUACCGUGUUUAAAUGGCUGAAUUGAGUCGAUACCGACAAUUACAAGAAGCAUUUUUAAUAAAAAAAAUAUAUAUAUUAAAAUUAUAACUUUUGAAUAAAACGCGAAAAGUUUUUAUGUAUAAAGUACUUCAAUAUUUCGGUGAUUUCUGAUAUCUAAAUAAAAAAUAAAAAGUAAUGUUAUAUUUAUUUCUGCUGAUCAAUAUAUAUAUAUAUA